GAAACAUGUACACUUUUGUUUUAUUCGAGAUGCAACGUAUCAACCCCCCCUGGAGGUGGUUAACAAAGUCCGUCAUUGCCACUGAGACAUUCAUCUUGCGCAUCCGUCCUGACACACGCCAGCCAGCUCUGUCCUGCUCAGACCCAUCGCCCCCGGUGCAUCUCUCAUCUUGUAUCCGUACUUUGCCUUAGAUUGCGACAUUGCACAUCUCAAGCCUCGCGCGUGCCAGCUCCGCAAGCCAACUGAAAGACAGUCUUGUACCACGUACGAAUACCUACAUGUACCCGUUGCCUUAUCAAGCUUGUCCCGUCUUCCUCUCAGCCCGUUCGAACGCCUGGUCCACUUUCCCUCCUCUUCUCCAGGCCUGUCUUGUAAGCCCCGUUAUGAUCCCAAGUCAAAGACCAUAUCACUUCUCCCCGGGAUAUGAGGGCAUCCGGCUGUUUCUGAUCCCUGCCCUGGACAAGUCUCAUCCUCUCUUUCCUCCUCUCCUCUCCUCUCCUCUCCUCUCCUCU